AUGCGACAUCGGUCGCCGUUGGGGGGGAGAACUUGUGAGGCGAGAAGGAGCUGCUGGGCGUGCGGUGUGUCAGUCAUGUCAACGUUUUUUCUUCCGCGCCUUUGCUAUACUCUUGGCCGCCUUGCCGUGAUGCUGUUUGCACUGUAUCAGAUAUGUUGCGGGCCGGAUUCAUCUUGGAUGCAGGUGCAGCCACGGGGUAUCAAGGCUAUGGACUGCAAAGCGUGUACCAGACGCAUGUUGGCCGUGCCCUGUGCAAUGCAGCAUGCCCCCCCUAGACUCCGUGCGGAUCACAAACGGAGAUUCACGGCAUUUUCCGUGCAUGCUUGCUCACUUACACACAACAUGAAGCAUCAAGGGUCGUUAUGUGCAGCUACCACUAAGCUGAAGAACAACAAAGCUCCUCUCCGCACCAAGCUCGGUUGGCACCCCUCCUUCUUUUCUCCCCUUAGCCCAGCCAGGCCCAGCCAACUCGCAUCGCCGUUUCGACUUCAUCACGCGUCUUCCUUAUUAAGGGCCCACGAUGCCAUGACAAAGCCGCCGCGGCCCCCCUCCCUCACCCAUCUGCAGUCCAGUCUCAUUCCAGCCGCCGGCCCCCGUCCGCCCAACCACGCCGACGGAGGCUCACGGGCCAGACCGCAUGGCGCGCCGCGGUCGACGCGGACACGAGCUCGAAGCAACAAACGCUUCCCAAUCUCAGUGCCAGUCCACGGCCCUCGCUCGCGUUGGCCAGUGUCUGCCGACGGCGACAGCCGGAUGUGGCGGUUGAUGGUGAUGAUGAUAUGA